UUCUUGUUUCAUCUCUGAUUUUCCGUCCUUUCCCACUUCUUUGAUUCUUCUCUAAACUUAUUCUGCAGAAAUUGCUUUAUAAUCUGUAGAUUCCUCGCUGUUUGAUCAUGGGUGUUGAGGUUCUCAAACCAGAAGAUUGUUUAAAGAUUCCUAAUCCCAUGAAACACCCAAGAAAUCCUCGCCAUAAUCCAAACCCUAACAAUAACCGGACGAACCGCCGGAAGCGUUCUCCCAACGCCUCUCCCCCUUCUCGUCCGAGAGUCACCCUCCCAAAAUCUCCGACCAAGAAUCUCGUGAUGGGUCAAGUCAAGAUCCUCAAACGCGGCGAAGAAAUUAAAUCGUCUAAGCCGGAUAAUCCUGUAGAAAACGUUGACGUAGAUCUGAGCGGUGAACAUCUUAAAGGAUCUAAGCCGGAUAAGCCUGUAGAAAACGUUGACGUAGAUCUGGGUUCUACUCUCCGUUCCGACCCAGAUCUCGUGUCCGUUCCGACCCAGAUGCGAGCCGCCGAGUCUGAAAAUGACACCGAUGAGGUAGUUCCGCCCUUCUUCUACGCCGGAUCUGCCUUCGUAACAUCGCCGCCGCCGAGUUCAGUCCCGUUGCCGGCGUUCUUCACAAAGAAGGUUGGGGUUGCUUUAAAAGAUGACGUUGCCACGAACGUCCUGAGGGGGAUCUUAAGGCUGGAUUUGUAGGAGUUGGUGAUUUGACUGAAUUCGGUACGGAAUUCUAAUCUCUCUGUUUGGGUUCUCUAAUCUUGGAUCAUCCCUUAUUUUUUCAAGGGGAGAGAUCAAAUAUUGCGAACUCAAAAAGGUUGGUUUAGUUAGAUUUUAAUCCGAGUUUCUCUGCUGUAUAGCUUAGCAAUUGUCUGCUUCGACAUGCAAAUACGUCUAGCAUUUUUACCUUCUUCUUCUCUUUAGGGUUGUUAUAGUUUCGCUUUUACAACUAGUUUUACUGGGUUUGUAUUUAAAUUAGGAUUAGUGUAUCAGGGACAUGAAUUAUGUGGUUGAUUUAUGUAUCCAC